CAGUUAGCGGUGUCAGUAUACAUUUGUGGCUGGUAAGAGCUAGUUUGUUCGUAUUCGUUUGCCGGUUCGCGUUUUUCUCGAUCAAUUUUUCCGAAAGUAAUUAUCUUGCUUUCUCGAGUCAACCUUCGAAUUGAACAUAAUUCUUGGUUGCUGGUCAACUAUAACAACUUUCGAUUCUAUUUUGCUUUCUGCAUCUUUCUCUCUCUCACUAAAACUUAAUCUACCACCACUAUGUCUACUUGGGAAUCACUCUAUAAUCGUCCGGGUCCGAAUCGGUUAUUGCCCUCCGAAUCGUAUCGCACUAGCGACCCAACAGAGGCUGUAAAAAUUCGUAAAGCCACCGAUGGUUUGGGUGCCGAGGAACCUAUUUCCAUUCCAGGGGUUUUAAAACGUACAGUUAAUAAUUAUGGAGAUUAUCCAGCUUUGCGUACAAAAAAUGAGAAGAAGGAAUACGAGACUGUAACGUACAAGCAAUAUGAACAAAAAGUGCAUCAAGUCGCUAAAGCGUUUAUCAAGCUUGGCCUACAACCACACCAUUCAGUGGGUGUACUGUCCUUUAACUGCGCCGAAUGGUUCUACUCCGCUAUGGGUGCCAUACACGCGGGCGGUAUUAUAGCCGGUAUUUACACAACCAACUCAGCGGAGGCUUGUCUGCAUGUUUUAGAAAAUUCGCGUGCACAAAUCGUCGUGGUCGAUGAAUCCAAGCAAAUGGAUAAGAUUAAAGAGAUUAGAGACAAGUUGCCACAUCUGAAGGCGGCCAUACAAAUACAAGAACCAUAUGCACCUUAUAUGAAGAAGGAGGAUGGCUACUACAGGUGGUCUGAGAUCGAGGCAAUGAAUGUGGCUGAUGUUGAAGAUGAGUACAAACAGCGUCUGGAGAAUAUUGCCAUUAACCAGUGUUGCUGUCUAGUGUAUACCUCCGGUACAGUGGGCAUGCCGAAGGGUGUAAUGCUUAACCAUGACAAUAUCGUCUUUAAUACGCGCGCAAUUACCAAGUCACUAUACAAUGUUACAGCUGGCUCUGAGGUAGUCGUAUCUUAUCUGCCCCUAUCCCAUGUGGCUGCACAGACAGUGGAUAUUUAUACUGUGGCUUCCAUAGCCGGUUGUAUUUACUUUGCGGACAAGGAUGCUUUAAAGGGCACACUCGUGAAGACAUUGCAGGAUGCGCGUCCUACACGAUUUAUGGGUGUACCGCGUGUCUAUGAAAAAUUCCAAGAACGUAUGGUAGCUAUUGGCUCGUCGAAUGGUAGCAUAAAGAAAGCACUUGCCAGUUGGGCAAAGGGUGUAACACUGCGUCACUAUAUGGAAACACACGGCAAAGGCCCUGGUGGUUUCGGUUACAAUCUCGCCAAAAGGCUAGUAAUGUCCAAAGUUAAGUAUGCGCUCGGCUUCGAUCGGUGUAUUACACUCGUGACCGCUGCGGCGCCAAUGUCGCCUGAAACCAAAAAAUAUUUCCUCAGCUUAGACAUGAAGCUUUUGGAUGCGUUUGGUAUGUCUGAGGUCGGUGGUUGUCACACGCUGUGUCUGCCCGAUACAAUUCCGCUCAACUCGAUUGGCAAAACAAUGGCUGGCUGUGAGACAAAGGUCAUUAACAAGGAUGAAAAUGGACAUGGCGAGCUUUGCUUACGCGGUCGUCACGUCUUUAUGGGCUACAUUUUCAAUCAAGAGAAGACCGAAGAAGCGCUCGAUGAUGAUUGUUGGUUGCAUUCCGGUGAUGUUGGUUAUAUCGAUGACAAAGGUUACGUCUACAUCACAGGUCGUUCUAAGGAGAUCAUCAUCACUGCUGGUGGUGAGAAUAUACCACCCGUACAUAUCGAGAAUUUGAUUAAGAAGGAAUUGGAUGGCAUAGCGAAUGCUUUCUUGGUUGGUGAGCAGCGCAAAUAUUUGACCGUUUUGGUGACGAUUAAGACCGAGAUGGAUCGUGAUACAGGCGCACCACUUGAUGAACUAACACACGAAUCGCUUACUUGGGUCAAGAGCUUGGGUGUUGAGUACAAAACGUUGAGUGAAAUUUUGAAUGCCGGCCCUUGCCCAAAGGUUUGGAAAUCUAUUGAAGACGGUAUUAAGCGUGCCAACAAAAACGCAAUUUCCAAUGCGCAAAAAGUACAGAAAUUCACCAUCCUGCCACAUGACUUCUCCAUUCCAACAGGCGAAUUAGGUCCCACUUUGAAAGUAAAACGUAAUGUUGUUGCCAAACAGUAUACCGAUGUUAUUGAGGGUCUAUAUGCCUAGGAUUUCGGCGGUUGACGUUGUUUGGAGCACCAGCCGUUUGCUACUUCUAGAUAUAGUACAACCGAGGCUGUUUGUGAUUCCUAAGGAAAAGUUAACUGAAAUAAUAACUAUUGUAGAAGAUAAAAUAAUUAGUUAAAAAAUUUGUAUACAUAGGAAAAUUACUAACAAAAUACGUGUAUAGAAAAUGGAAAAUGGUAAAUGAAAAUGAGGUUUUUUAAAUUAUAAAAUAAAGAAAUGGCUGGUUGUUUAUUAGAAAUACAUAAAUA